AUGAGUACUAUAGAAAUCGACACUGAUACCAUCCAAUCUCAAUUGAGCUCAUUGGAGUUGCUAAGGAGCAAGACACAGGCUCUGGUUGAUUGUAAAGCCACAUUAUUAUCAAAGACCGAAAUACUUGACAGCAAGAAAAACCUACUGGAAGAGACCAAUGUCGAAAAGCAGAAACUGCAACGGGAACGAAAGCUGUUACGAGAAAUGCUGCAGAAUAUAACCAAAGACCUGACGGCGAUAACGGAAGCAGAGCAAUCACUGGCAAAGGAGAGUGAGGAGCUGGAGAGGUCUGUCAACAAGAUGAGAACCGAGCAGUAUGAGCCAUUACAUGAGCAAGUGAAUGAAAUUCGGAUGCAAAAUGGCAUGUCAAGAUUACCGCACAUUCAGCAGGAAUUGGAAGCACAGAUGGCCAAAACACUGGAAGACAGGAGAAUGAAAUGGCAGCAAGAAGAAUCUAGCAGCAAGAGAAAAAGUAACAGAUCAAGAAAAAGCUAA